AUGGCAACCAUGCUACCAUCCACAAUGAGACGCUCAGCCACAAGUAUCUCAUAUUCAGCCCUGAAGGCAUCCACUCGCCAACCACUCCUCCAGCGCGGCUGUCUCUCCACAACAACCCGAGGAAUCAGCUCUCUACCACCGAGAAACAGCCUUCUCACAAGUCACUCAUCAAGCUACAAGACCAAUACUCAACUCCAAAACAAAUUCCAAUGUCAAUCGCGCCGCCAAAUCCGCUGGAGUAGCGAUGAGUCUGCGCCCCAGCCCUGGCGCAAAUGGGGGUUUGAAGAGAUCAACACCGUUCUCCCUAGUUCAUCAUCCAGUGACCCAUCCCACAACCCAGUUAUUCUAAUCGAUGUCCGUGAACCGGCCGAACUCAACGGAACGGGUAUCAUUCCUUCGGCAAUUAAUAUUCCGCUCGCGUCCCAGCCUGAUGCGCUCUAUCUCGAGGCUGAUGAAUUCGAGACUCGCUUUGGAUUCCCUAAGCCAGUUAUUGAGAAGGAUCAGCAGAUUGUGUUCUAUUGCAAGGCUGGUGUGAGGGCUGAGGCUGCGGCGCAGUUGGCUGUGGCGGCUGGGUAUGAUGCUGAUGCUAUUGGCAUCUAUUAUGGGAGUUGGUUGGAUUGGGCGAAGAAUGGGGGGAGGGUUGAGAAGUGGGAGGGCGAUGAUUUCUGA